UUCUGUUCUUUUAUGCUAAUCAAAGUAUAAUAAUGCUAUCGGUUAUCGUGUCAAUUGGUUAUUUACAUUAACCUUACACAUCACCAUAAAAUGGCUUAAAAAUUGUUUAGUUGGUGAACAAAUUCUUGAAUAACUACUAACGAAGUCAAUGAAAAAUGAAGAAAGUUAUUUAAUAAAAUUAAAAAUGAUUCAAGAAAGUGAUAAAAAAGAUAUCUUCGAAGAUAUCGAAACGAACCCACGUGAAGAAUGUGUAACACCAACGCCAAUUGAAAGUCCAGAACUGAAGCUGAAUCCAUUUAGGGAUAUCAAUGAAAAGCUACCUGAACUAUAUAAUAUAUUUACAAUACAUGGGAAAAUUGGUGAGGGAACAUUUAGUUCUGUAUUCGUAGCCAGUUUGAAAAGUAAUAACUCUAUUGAAUUAUCCAAAAAUAAAUUGUUCGCGAUUAAACAUCUUGUUCCAACAUGCCAUCCAUCCCGAAUUGAACGUGAAUUAAAAUGUUUAAAAGAAAUUGGAGGUACUCAAAAUGUUGUUGGUGCAGAUUUCUGUAUAAGAAAUCAUGAAAAUGUCGCUUUUAUAAUGCCUUUUAUAAAUCAUGAAAAAUUUAGUGAUUAUUACCUGGAUAUGAACGCAAAAGAGACUGCAUUGUAUUUAAAAAAUAUUUUAAUUGCGUUACAAAGGGUACAUAGUUUUGGAGUGAUUCAUCGUGAUGUAAAACCGAAUAAUUUUUUAUAUGAUCGAAAAAAUAAACAAUUUUUAUUGGUCGAUUUUGGAUUAGCCGAUUACGUUAAGAAAGAUUCAAAAAUCGCAACUGGUGGUGGUAUUAUAGAAUCAAAUACAGCUAAACGGAAAUUACGAAAUUAUCCCGAGGAAAAACUUCCACCUAAACGGAUAGCGUUACAAACGAAAAAUUCUCCAAUUAAGAAGCCUCCUUCAGUUUUUGGUUUAAUUAAUAAAGAAAAUAAUCCUUUGUACAAUAACAAAGUAAAUAAUGUUAUCAAAUCGCCGUUUAAAUCACCCUUUAAAAAUUAUAACAGUAUAAGCCCACCAAAAAAUUCUAAAUCGCAUGUGAUAUCAAUCUAUCAAGAUAAAGUAUUAAAUGCAGCAUCGAUAGUAAAACGUUUAACAUUUGGAGAGGAAAACACCGAAAAUUCGAUGGAUAAAAAAUCAAACGUAAAAUUUAGUUGUAACAGUACGAAAAGUAUAUUCGGAAUUAAAACUAAACCUGUAAAUGCCGCUUUACAGAAGGCACGCAUCAAUAAAAAUGAAAUAAAAAUGUGUGAAUGUUUUAAAAAAGCACGUAUUUGUAAUGUUUGUAUGUUAAAAAAAGCACAAUAUGCUCCACGCGCUGGCACGCCUGGAUUUCGUCCACCAGAAGUUCUUUUAAAAUAUUCGCAUCAAAAUACUGCUGUUGAUAUGUGGGCGGUAGGAAUUAUAUUUAUUAGCAUUUUAAGUGGUUGUUAUCCAUUUUUUAAGGCAUCCGAUGAUGUGUCAGCACUAGCCGAAAUUAUCACAUUAUUUGGAUCUGAAACAAUAGAAAAUCUUGCAAAAGUUUUAGGGCAAUCAUUAACUUGUAGCAAUAUUUGCAAACAAGUUCGUUUAAAAGAUUUAUGUAUUGCGUUAAGAAAUCGUUUUACACGACAAAAAAAUAAUGAAACUGCAUCAAAUUGUAACGAUUGUAAACGUAACAAAAUUCAUCCCUGUUUAUGUUUCAUAAAAAGUUUUGAGGUUACAAAUAUAUUUCCUGAUACAGCAUACGAUUUGCUUGAGAAAUUAUUGGAUGUGAAUCCACACACAAGAAUAUCCGCCGAAACAGCAUUAAAACAUCCAUUUUUAAACGAUUUAUAA